CACCACAUGACCUCGUUGCGGUGUCCCGUGACCAGCUCACGUGAAUUUUGACAAAUUCAAACGUUUUUUUUUUUUCUGGCGAGGGAUGGACAUCUUGGAACAGCAGCUCGAACAGCAGGAUGUCAGGUAGCGUUUACGUUAAAUAUCGACUAUCUGAUAUCAUGAACACCUAUCCCUUCCGUCUCGCCCGAGGUCUCCCCAAGGUCAUCAUCACUUCGUGCACAGUACGCACUUAUUUACGCCGUAGGACCGACACACACAGUCGUCGAACGUCGUGAAGGACGACGGUGCUGGCACGGGAAUCGUUAUAGAAGAAGCAGAAAUUGUGGAUUGCGAAGGAGAGCCUAUUGGAGAAGAUGAAAUGCGUUAUCAAGAAGCUUUAGCGUACCGAGUUGUCCAAGUGAAUGGCACAACAGCCAUACAACCAACCAAUGAGAUAGAGCUACCUGUGUCGCAACCAGGGAAUAAUACUGUACAGGUUUUAACGUCACCAAUUAAUGGACAGUUUUAUGUUAUUGGAAAUGCCAAUGAUGUCUUUACCACGGCACAAGCGUCAAGAUCUCUGGUGCCAAGAGCAACCACAUUGCAAAUAGAAACUCCGAGAAAUUGCUCUAGUGGCUUGAAGAAGAGAGACGAUAGGCGGAGAGCGACACAUAACGAAGUCGAACGUCGACGUAGAGAUAAAAUAAAUAAUUGGAUUACGAAGUUGGGUAAAAUCAUUCCUGAUUGCAAUGCUAGUACUAAUACUGCUGGCAAUGGCAGCAGUGGAGAGGGAAAAACCAACUAUGAAACUCAGAGCAAAGGAGGUAUUCUGGCAAAGGCCUGUGAAUACAUAGGGGAACUGCGCGUAGCUAAUCAAAAUCUAGGUCAAUGUCUGCGAGAUAAUGAGAAAUUACGACAAGAGAUCACAACACUGAAACAAUUAGUCACCCAAUUAAAACGCGAAAAUCUUCAACUCAGAACGCAAAUAUCGUCCUCCUCAUCGGCUACCAGUGUCGAUGUUAUACGUUUGAGUCCCUAAGUUUCCUUUUUUGUAAGUCAGUGAUUUCUUUCUGUAAAUACUAGGAUCUUAUGAAUUGUCUUGUAUGCAAAAGAUCUAAUUUUUUAUUCUUUUCUCUGGCAACUGCACUGAACUUAAUCAGAUAUUUGAAUUUUAUUGCAUAAAAUCAAAGUUGGAAUUUCUAGUAGUAUAGUCAUAACUGCACAUUUAUGAUUUCAUGUCAACAUUCUAUUAUCUUAAUCUCUAUGGAUUAAUCUGAUUUUAAAUUAAUUUAUUAAUAGCAUCAAUUUCUAAUUGGUAAAUAAAACAAAAUUUUGAGUUUGUAAAAUAGUUUGCAAAAAUUACUGGUUACUGAAAAAAUUUUCGAAAAUCAGUGUGUAUAUAUUUUAAUACAAUUCGAAAUUGUAACAAAACAAGGAAGAAUAAUUUUCGUUGUAUUACAUAUAUAUAAUUAUUUCAUUAUAAUAUGCUAUGCAAGAUAUAAUAUAGCUAACAGCUAACAUAUGUGUAAUUACUUUUUAUAUUACAUGAAAAUAUCAUUGGAAAAUUAAUUUAUUCAUAUCAAGUAAAUUAUGUAUAGAAUGUUCUACUUAAUAUAAUAUAUUAAAUUCUAUAGAGAUUUUUCUCAAAUUUUUGGAGAUAUAUUUCUAUAUAUGUCUUGUUUAAUGGUAUUAGAUGAUAGAAAUCAUAAGAUUGUUACAGUUGUGUAGUUAUGACUAUUAUGUGAAAGAUUUGUCUAUGAGUAGACAUAGAAAUAUCAUAUAUAAAUUUAACAUGUCAAUAUAACUGGCAUACGUUGAAAUAUCGUGGCUGUGAAUAUCAAAACAUUGACAUGGAUUUUUUUUUUCUGGAAAAAUGAUUCGAAAUUGUAGUGCAGAAAGACAGUUUUAUUUGUUGAUUCUUAUAUAUGAAAUCCACAGAUAUGACAAAUGAACGGUUGCGCAGAGUUUGUUACAUAUUUUUUAUCUUUAAUACCGUUUUCAAAUAAUUAUAGGAUAGAAUAUUUUAUAGGAUAAAUCCGAAGAUUUAAAUUGUAAAAUAGAUCAAUUAGACACAUACGAGUGUAGUUAUAUAGUUACACAUGUAUGUGUACAUAUGUAUAAAAUUGCAUAUGGCAAUAACAUAUUUUUUUCAAUGGAAGGCAAUUUGAAAAAAGGUGCAUCUGAAAUUUAUUCUGAAUUAAUUUACUAAGCGUUAGAUAUCAGAAUGUAAUAUAUCGUUGAUGUACAUACCGCGGGUUUUAUUGUUAUAUAAUAAUUAUUAUUAUUAAAACGCGAAGUCUAUUGAAGGAGUA